UUUUUUUGCCGUGCCAAAGAGAUAACAGAAAAUACCGAAUGGACUGAAGAGUAGGGAGACAGUUUCGGUGGGUUCAAAGGGUUUGCUUUACUUGCGGAUGAAGAAUCGCGCAUCCUCCAUUUCUCUCUUUCUUACCCUAUUUUAACCCUUUCUACCCCCUCACACAUCUCCUCCAUCUCAAAACUUCCACUUUCAUCCUCGACCUUCCUUUUUAGAUUCUGAAACUUCUUCACCAUCAGAGACUCUGUGUUUCCUUAUUCACAUCCAUUUAUUUCACCAUCUCAUUCCAUCGAUCCUUCAAUAUCUCUAUCGCAGAAGCAGCGUCUUGAAUGGUAGAAACAACUCCGACUACCAGAGAAUUUAUGCUCUCCCAUUGCACCACCGCAAGGGCGAGCUUUCUCCUCCCUCCUCUCUCCUCCUCCUUCACUUUUGGCUCUUGCAAGGAAUCCUGGUACUUCCGCUGCAUCGGCGUCGACCCUUGAAGCAACUCAAACUCCCAUCAAAAGUUUUAUUUUCUUUUUUUUGGCGUUUAUUGUUAAAGAUGUUGCUGUACAACAACAACAAGCAGAAGAAAACACACAAGUCCAAGAUUAACAGGUUCCUCGUUAGCAUCAGUUUCUUAGGAAGUGCUGGACCCAUUCGUUUUGUUGUUAAAGAAGAUGAAACUGUUUCAAAUGUUAUUGAUUAUGCUCUCAAAUGCUAUGCUCGUGAAGGCAGGCUUCCACUACUCGGUUCUGAUUCCAGCUUUUUCCUUCUCUACUCUCCUUACUAUGCUGUUGAAGCAUUUAAUCCAUGGGGAAAGAUUGGUUCAACCGGAUCAAGGAACUUUGUUCUGUCUAAGAAGUUAGAAGCUCAGAACCUUGGAGGCUCUGUGGACACAACAACAACAAUCAGGAAGACCUCUGGGAAAUGGAAGGCAUGGCUCAACAAGUCUCUAGGCCUUAUGGUUCCUUCUCACUAGAUCAUAGGAUCUCUGCACUUCUCUUUUUGGUUUUCUUGUCAGAGGAAUAAGCAUCACAAACACUUGUGCUUUGGUUUUUUUGUUGUAUUUUGCUACACUAAUAAAUGAAAUGAGGUUCGAUAGAA